UAGAAACAAUUCAAACAAUUUAGCAAUCACAGGUAAUUAAUACUCUACAGAAAUGUCUUUUGAAAGUAUAUUUUUUAUUAAAUGAUUUAAAAUUCGAUAUGGAAAAACUACCGCUUAUACCGGGCUAUACAUUUCAAGAUCCAAAUGUCAACGAUUACAAGUUAUUACAAAAAUUUCAUUUUUUAAAUGGUUAUCGUGUAUUACGUGAUAGUCACAGUGGUAUUGGAGGACGACCAGUAGAUCUAGCAUCUAGAGCAUAUGUAAAAGAAGAGGAUUCUGUACAUUAUGAUCCAUCAUUAACAUAUGGACGUGUAAAGGAGUAUGCAUAUCGACAAUUUAUUCCACAUUAUGUGCUAUUUGCGCAAAAAUGUCUCUGUUUUAAAGCAUUUUUUCGUCAAGGAGUUUUUAACUCUCCGGAUGAACAUUUUCGUAUACGUUACGUUAAUAUAAUGUAUUAUUUGGAAGAUGAUACUGUAUGCGUAAUUGAACCUACAAUUGAUAAUGCUGGCUUUCAGCAAGGAAAGCUCGUUAGGCGUAAUAAAAUUGUAAAAAAUAUAAAUGGCGAUACAUUUCAUUGGAAAGAUUUUAAUAUUGGAAUUGACAUAUGUAUUUACGGUGUAGUUUAUCAUAUUAUUGAUUGUGAUUUAUUUACCAGAGAAUAUUUAAAUAGCCAGGGUAUAGAUGUUGGAGAUAAAAAAGAACCUCCUAUAGAUCCUUAUACAGAAUUAAGAAUAAACAAGCAAAAAACACCAACUUGUGUUACAAAAAUUCCAGACGAUGUUAGACGACGGUUUCUAGAAUAUGAUAAAAUGGUAUUAUUGUUCACUGCAACUUGGAACAAUGACAUUUAUCGGAUUAUGUAUUUCUUGACGGACGAUACGAUAGCCAUUUGUGAAGUACAAAAACCUAAUAGCGGGAAGGAUCCAGUACCAAUGCUACUAAAAAGAAUGAAAGUGCCAAAGGACUGGAAAAAUUUACCAUCAACUUAUCCUGCUGCAUAUAUGGAAUAUGGUGAUCCAGAGAUUGUUGAAUACUAUACGCCAAAAGAUUUUUUAAUAGGUGGUACAAUAUUUAUAUUCGGUCGACAAUUUUUUUUACACGAUAGUGAUUCUUUCACGCGAAAAUAUUAUUCAGAGAUGUUAGGAAUAACGCAACCGGAAAGAAUUCCUCUUCCAACAAAAGAUAUUGUAUCGGCACCGGAAUAUAAACCACCACCGCAUAUAAUUUUCGGUACACCUGAAGAUACUUACGUUUCCUGUCUGUCAUUUAUGCCGAAACGACCUAAGAAAGAUGUCGUCCGACAACUUCUUAAUUUUCCUAAAAAAUUACGUUAUUCUAUGAAAAUGGAUGUGAUACAUCCAGAGGAUGAAAACCGCGAUUUCAUUUUAGAAUAUAAUUUAAGCGAUGGUACGAUAGUCGUACAAGAACUUGAAAAACGUAAUUCAGGACGUCGCGAAGGUUGCUUUUUAAAGGCAACACUAGUUGCGAAACCAAAAACUGGAAGAGAUAAUCCAGAAUAUUAUACUCCUCAAGAUUUCUAUAUCGGCGCAAAAAUUAAUAUUUUUAAUCAUUAUUUCAUCAUAACUGGCGCUGACCUCUUUGUAUAUCGUUACAUUCAAGCAAAUCCUAAAAAGUUUCCACAAGAAGUGCGGAAUAAUAUUCGCAAUUAUCUAGUUAAACAGAAUUUGCUUUUCGAUGAUAUAAUGAUAGAAACCAAAAAAAUACAAGAUAAAGAAGAGACAAAAUUACAGUCAUUAGAACCUGAUGAAGCAACUGUUGAAAAAAAUAUUGAUAUGAAACAAUGUGUAAGAAAUUUUGAAGCUCAAACCAAAUGUAGAUAUGAAGGAGAACACGGUGAAUUACGACCACGUACACCACCACCAGAAGAGCUUUGUCCAGAUUUAAUAAAAGAUCCUACACAAUUGUCUCAUUAAUACCAAGCUCCAAAGAUAUUUACUGAAAAUAAAGUAGAAGGAAGCAAAUAAAAUGGGAUAAUUGGAUAGAAUGAUGAUAAAGGAACAUUAUUUUUGAUCGAAUAAUUACGUUCAACACAAUAUUUUCAACAAAUUUACAAAUAUAUAUUAAUUUAUCACAAUUUAAAAUUUCAAUAAUUUCUUUAUAUAGUUUAAUAAUAUUUAUCAAUACAUAAUUAUAAAAUAUCGGCAUAUUACGUUGAACGCAAUUACCAAUCUUUCUUUUAAGUUAUAAAAAUUACUAUCAAAAUUAAAUCGAAUCCGUAUCCAUAGAAAAAUCAUUGCCUGCAUACAUAUUUUGUAAUAGUUCAAUUUGCAUGUUAAAUUCAUGGUUCAAUUCAACAUUUAAUCAAGUAUGAUGAUACAAUGUAAUUACUAAACAAUGUAGUACAUUACAAGUAUACUAUUUGUAUGUCUGCACAUUAUAAUAUAAUAUACAGAUAUACAGUGUAUACAUUAGCAUGUGCUAUAUUAAUUAUAAAAUAAAACUUUAGAAUUCAAAUUUUGGAAUUCAAACAUUCCUAAGCACGUUUAAAAAAGCAACUAUUUUUUCAAUGAUAAAUUUACUAAUAAUAGUAAAUAGUUUAGUACUAUCCUAUUGAAAUUUAAUAGAAUUUAAUUUUUAUUCAGUUGUUCUUAGUUAUUUGGACAUUAUUACGAUGUUCAUUUUCUGAGCAACUUAUUCUAUUUUAAAUCAUAAAUAAACUGAAGUAAUUCAGAAAUAUU